GUAUCACAAGGGGCCGGGAAGGGGUGUGGCGUUCUUUACGACGGUUCCAGUCGAGCUCCAGUAGCGGUGGGCCCGGUCAUGUCCCUGUGGCAGCGGCAGAAAAACUGGUGGAGUGAGGUUGUGUGGAAACCUAAAAAGGCCCACUCACUGGAGCAACUGAAGUACCAAUAUCAGGUACUGACGAGAAACCAAGUCGUCACUGAGGCAAACAAGAAUCUUUUAGUUGAGACGUUUCGUUCCAUCGCGGAGAUCCUGAUAUGGGGAGACCAGAAUGACUCGAGAGUCUUUGACUUCUUUCUUGAGAAGAAUAUGCAGCAGUUUUUCCUGAAAUCACUCAGCCAAAAAUGUGGCCGAUUUGUGUGUCUCCAACUGUUGCAAACGCUCAGCAUCUUGUUUGAGAAUAUUCGAAAUGAGACAUCCAUAUAUUACCUUCUCUCAAACAAUCACGUCAAUUCACUGAUUGUACUUAGACUUGAUUUUUCGGAUGAAGAAGUGCUGGCAUAUUACAUCUCAUUCCUUAAAACCUUGUCCUUCAAACUAAACACUCAUACAAUCCACUUCUUUUAUAAUGAGCAUCUGCGCGACUUCCCCCUGUAUACCGAGGCCAUCAAGUUCUUUAACCAUUCCGAGAGCAUGGUCCGUAUUGCAGUUCGUACUUUGACCCUGAAUGUUUUCAGAGUGAAUGACACUCAGAUGCUGGAGUAUGUGUGCAACAAGACCGCUGCUCCCUUCUUUUCAAACCUGGUGUGGUUUAUUGGUAAUAAUGUGAUAGAACUGGACGAAUGUCUUCUCUCUCAGGCCCACCAUUUGAACAGAGGCAGACUGGAAGGACUGGUGGCGGGCAGCACCUGGACCAUCUCUAUUACAUCAAGGACAUCCUGUGUUUGGGGCUGGACAGCCUUAGCUCUGUUCUAGCUGACCAGCUCCUGAAUCGACUUCUCAUUCCCCUCUAUGUCUUCUCCCUCACUGACCAGAGCCCCUUCCCUGAAGGACAAGAGAGCCCUCGCAUCAGUGCCACUCUGGCUCUGUUCCUACUUGCCCAGGUGUUCCUGGUACUCUCUGAGUCUGACGUGGUUCUGCCUCUGGCCUAUGUCAUAUUGACUGGCGACACAUCUCUCUCCUUACCAUCUCUGCUCACUCACUCAAACCCAGUGAGUAAUGGCAAUCACCUUGUGUUUAGUGUUUUGCAAAUAUAAUUAUGUCCCAGUGUCAGCGCAAGGAGAAUACAGAUGACCCUCUCUUGUCCCACCAGUGGUCGCGACUGCGGGACCAGGACCCUCUCUUCAGUCGCCCAGCGCUCUAGUGCAGCCAGGAGUAGCCAGCGCCUCGGCCCACACGACUGGGCUGGAGGAGAAGAGGGGAUGAUGGAGAGGGUUCCAGCACGGAGUCUCAGGCUGACUUACAUAACAUGCCGCCAGGAUAUGUGGAUCAUGUGGUGGAUGCUCAGUACCCUGAGUAUGUUGUGAUUGAAGCCUCACCCAGAGAAACUGGUGAAGAGGUGCUUCCCUCCCCAUCUCCUGUGCCCCCACCAGCAGAGGCUGCAGCAACGUCAUAUCACACACACACUCCUCGUCACAACCUACCCAUCACCAGUACCAUGUUCUUAGAUGCCCUGAUGAGUUCACUUUCAGCACGAACUGAUGACCAACGUUGCCUGUUCACUCUCUGCCUCCUCUACGCUCUUGUUCAGAACAAAGGAGUGCAUCGUCCACUGCUGGAGGCAUUCUCUCUUUUACCGAGCCCUAAUGAGGAGGAUGGGCUGUGCUACAAUAGUGAGUUGGUGGUUCUGUUGCUGGCCCUGCUGGACACUGCCACAGCCUCAGGGAAUGCAGUGCGACUGGUCACACACCGUCUCACCAUUAUGCUGUUAGACAAGGCGUUGUGGGUUCCUGGGCUAGGUUUUAAACUACAAGACAACCAUGUGGCUCUGUUGGAAAGUGUGUAUGAAGCAGCUCUCUUGCAGCUACGGUUCUUCUACAAGGGAGCGCGAGAUGAAAUAUUUUUGGACAUGUUUGAAGAUGAGUAUCGCAAUGAAGAGGCAAUGGAGGUACAUGUGCAGUACUUGCUGCAAGAGGGCUCCAUGCUCUUGCCUCCAACAGACACACCUCUCACAGGCAUUGAGUUCACUCGACGACUUCCCUGUGGGGAGACUGAGAGAGCAAGGAAGGCCAUGCGAGUGUUCUUUGCUACUCGGAGACUGUGUCAAAGAUUUCGAGGACAAGGUGAGAACGAACUUCCACUGACUAACCCUAAGAAUUCAGCCACCAGAGACGAUAUAGUUGACCUAAAUAACUGUGAUCUUGUGUCGUGCUCGGUCACAACUGGGGAGAGGUCAGUGUCUCAUUUUAUGGUUGUCACUGAGAGUGAGUUUCUGCUGGUGGAUCCUGACAAGUCAAAGAUUGGGUGGGGUGUUGUCCAUUUCAUAUCCUUCUUGCAGGAUGUGGAUGUAUCGACAGAUCCCGCCAACAGCUGUGCACUGUUCAUCACAGUCCAUAGCCAUGGAGGUCAGAGCAGACGACCUGCCCUCUCUGCCAAGUUUCAGUUUGAAGACCACAUUAGAUGUGUAGCUGCCCGACAGUGCCUUCAGAGAAACAGAGAAAAUCUCAGACUGGCUAAAAUGACACGAAUUGCAAAGUUGCUUCAUCUGCCUGUCCCUGAACAGUCAUCAGAUGCUGCCAGUCUAGGACUAGUCUCCAUGGAGCAGGUGUCUUCGGUUGGCUCUUUUCUACAGCUGUCCGCCUCCCCUCGCGGUGACCUCUUACGUAGUGGUCUGCACCAAGGUCUCCAGGAGCCAUCUUCACCUGACAACAUUCCAUCUCAGAACAUUGAAAUGGAUCAGUUCCUCUCACGCAGCUCCCAAUCUGAGUCCCUGUACGAACCAAAAGAGAAGAACGCAGAAAAUACUAGUUGUGUUGGUGAAGAUAUACAAGUUAUUUGACAUGUACUCACAUUACUAAGAUCAUCAUGAAUAAUGCCCACCCCCAUAAAGUGGUUGGUAUCACGUGUAUAUAUCACAGUAUGCCAUUUUUCUUACUGAGUGUAUAUAAAAUUUGGAGUGGUGGAAUAGCAUCUAGUGAAUCAGGCUGUAUACCUAAACACUUUUUUUUACUUGCGAUUUCCUUCAAGACCACCCCUUCCGACAAGGGUUUGAACAGUUUUGCAUUUAUUGUA